ACGUAGCCCCAGCGCAGUGUGGCCUCAGAGCCAGCUCGGCUUGGAACUUUCUUCGUACGGUGCGCGGAUCACACGACACUUCCGCGGAAUUCACACCCCUUCCUGGUGACACACCCUUUUGUCUCCGUCGACCACCCCUCCAUGGAGCCAACCCACAACCGAGAAUCGUCAAUAAGAUUGCAUGUCCAUUCUUCGCCGUGUCCACCGACCUAGUGCUUGGAGCAAAAUGCUGGUACCUCCGGAGAUGAUGGCAGCGCAGUCCAAGAUGCUGUACCAGAUUAACAAGUACUACGGCGAACGGGUGCAGAGCAGGAAGGGACAGGUCGCCAAAACAAUCCGCGAAGUGUGCAAGGUGGUUCAAGACGUCCUCAAGGAAGUCGAGGUCCAGGAGCCAAGGUUCAUAUCCUCCCUCACGGAGUGCAACGGACGCUAUGAAGGUCUGGAGGUCAUAUCUCCCGGAGAGUUUGAAGUCGUACUGUACCUCAACCAGAUGGGGGUCUUCAACUUCGUCGACGAUGGCACUCUGCCAGGGUGCGCCGUCCUGAAGCUUAGUGACGGACGCAAAAGGUCCAUGUCCCUGUGGGUGGAGUUCAUCACGGCUUCCGGUUACCUCUCCGCACGCAAGAUCAGGUCUCGCUUCCAGACGCUCGUGGCACAGGCCUGUGACAAAUGCGCGUACAGAGACUCCGUGAAGAUGAUCGCAGACACCACGGAGGUAAAACUCAGGAUUCGGGAGAGAUACGUCGUGCAGAUAACCCCGGCGUUCAAAUGUUCCGGAGUUUGGCCUCGAUCGGCCGCGCACUGGCCCAUUCCUCACAUUCCGUGGCCUCACCCGAACCUGGUAGCCGAGGUGAAGACGGAAGGUUUCGAUCUCCUGUCCAAAGAAUCCGUAGCGAUGCAAGGGAAGCAGUCGGCGAUGGAAGGCGACGCCUGGGUACUGUCGUUCACAGAGGCGGAAAACCGUCUGAUGCUGGGCGGCUGUCGACGCCGGUGCCUCAGCAUCCUGAAGACGCUACGAGACAGGCACUUGGACUUGCCCGGGAAUCCCGUGUCGUCGUACCACAUGAAGACGCUGCUGCUGUACGAGUGCGAGAAACACCCUCGGGAACUGGAGUGGGACGAAUCUUGCCUGGGGGACCGCAUCAACGGGAUCCUGCUGCAGUUAAUUUCGUGCCUACAAUGUCGACGCUGCCCGCACUACUUCUUACCCAACCUCGACCUCUUCAAGGGCAAGUCUCCGAGCGCGCUUGAGAACGCGGCGAAGCAGGUGUGGCGCCUCACGAGGGAGCUGUUGACGAACACGCGCUCCCUGGAGAAGCUCUGAGCCCAAAGUUCCUCGUCGUCAUUUGCCUAUGAAUACCGCUUCUUUAUAUAAACGCAAAUUAAAAUAGCGAGACUCGUAAACAACCAAGGUGUUCCUUUAGAUUCACGCUGAAAGGAAGGUUCGGGUUGAGAAACUAUACAUCAGCUCCGGUUUCAGUGUUCCGAUCGGCGGCGAAAACAACACAAUGCGCGCAUUCUUCUGAUAUAUCUUUAAACAAAUAAAUAUUCUACAUACAACCAGUGAAAAACUCUUUAUGUUGUCACAAUUUGCGUCUGACAGCUUCGGUUCAUACACGGCUUGUAAGGGAUGUGUACUCUGGAAGAACUGUGAGGAGUGCAAACGACAACAUGAUGAUCUGAUUCUUGUUGGCAUGAAGGAUUGGCUUCAGUGAUUCUUGUUGGCAUGAAGGAUUGGCUUCAGUGAUUCUUGUUGGCAUGAAGGAUUGGCUUCAGUGAUUCUUGUUGGCAUGAAGGAUUGGCUUCAGAGAAUUGCAUGGGAAAAAUACGGGCGUAGAAUCUGCUAAAAGGCUUUGCGGUAAUUAAAGUACUACAGAUCUGUCAAAGCUAAAAACUUCUUCGCAUCAUGAUUAAAACGAUAUCAUCGCUUGACUUGCUAUAGGCUACAGAUUUCGAAAGAUACAUGAAUCAACUUCAUAUCGUACGUAGGGCAUAUACUCAUUAAAACUCAAUGAAGUUACCUCUUCCAACUUGUAAAUUAAUGUGUAUGUUUCUUGCUAACAAUCGUUUCACUUUACCACACGUCCCUUCCUUAGUACAGCGAAAUGUCACUAAUUUCGGGCAUAAAUGGUUCCGCCUUAGGUCGGUUAACCCUAAACGUACGGUCACAGAGCGUCUCUAGGGCCUAAUUAGGAUAUUUAAAAUGUAUGUGAACUCCUCCAAAUCAGCUUUCUCCCGCUCCUGUGCUAAAAGUCACUGUGCUGCUCCAAUGAGAGCUAACGUAGGAUACAUUCGCUACUUUGGUGCUAUUAAGAGUUGGACGAAGAACCAUAAUGGACAGUGCAGCAAAUGCUUUAUGGUGCAAAAAGAACAUCGGGAAAAACACUGAUGCGACAUCUGAAAUGUACAUGUUCAUUUGAGUGUUGAGUGAUGUGUUAUGUGUAUAUCUGUAUGUAUAUGAAAAUAUAUAAAUAGGAAUCCACCUAAGACUUUCAA